AUGUUCAAAGGAUUUACUGAAAAUCAAAAAAAAAUAUUUGAAGCAAAAAAUCAGUCCGCGAGUGAAUUCAUUUUUUCUCUUGCUGAUUUAGAACUAGUAGAAAUAAAUGAAAACCGAAGAAAAUGUCGCUUACUUUCUAAUGAACUAAGUCAGAAAUUACAUCAAAUCUAUUCCGAAGGUAAAAGUGGUUAUAUUCCACCCAUAAAGUUCAUUGAUUUUGAGUCAAGAUCUUGUGGUCUUGCUGAUUUUCCUGGCAAUUUUCACUUUAUUUUUAGCUAUGAUUGGUGGCUACUAGUAAAUAAAAAAAGUGUUCAAGAGAAUUCAGAAAUUCUUUCAAAUGGAACAUUGAAAUUUAAAUUUUUUGUUAAUCCUGGGUGCGGAUUAACUGUCUUUUCCGCGAAUUAUGACUAUAACUUUGCAAAUCAAAAAUUCCUCGAAUUCACCCAAGCCCGCUCCUCCUCCCUUCAAGAAAUCCAAAACACUAUCCAAAAUG